AUGAUAGACCACGUCCUCGGUAGGCCGUCGGUCAGAUUUCGCAAGUAUCAGGUUUUUGCUGUAGUCUCUUUCUGGUCCUACUAUCUCUACAAGGGCAACCCACAUGGCCCGCCGUACCUUCGUCGCAUCUCCAAACUCUUGUCUACACGCUUGACGGCCUGGCACACUGUUGUCCUGACUCUCAUAUACCUGUACAUCACACGCAACUUCAGCAAACUCGUAGGUCUCGAGUGCCCUGAGCCAUUGGCCAAUCUCUACACAAGAUCAUACUUCCGAGCAACAUGGAUCACGACAGCCUUGGACGCAGGAUUCUGGACGGGCAUGAACCUUCGCCCUGUAUGGUUGAAAGAUAUUGCGAGUCUUGUCUUCUCCAUCUACUAUCUCAUCUGUGCCGAGCAAGCAGAUGAGAAAGUCCGCAAAAUAAGAGCUGGCUUGACAUUGGAGCAUCUGAGGGUCAGCUGGAACAAGCCAAACACACCAUACAUCAACUUCUUUGGCAAGCUGAUGCGUCCUAAACUGAUGCGCUAUCCACCACGAGCCAUCCGCAUACCCAGACCUAGACAGAGCAGCUACGAUGAACCCAUCCAAGCCUGGCUGUACUUCGACGGUCCAAUUAGCGAUCUCAAGAAUCACGACAAGAUCGUGCUCGACAUUCCUGGGGGUGGCUUUGUUGCCAUGGAUCCGAGAGCACAUGACGACAAGCUGCUGGCCUGGGGAGCGAGGACUGGCUUGCCUGUCUUGGCCUUGGACUACAAGAAGGCUCCAGAACAUCCCUACCCCUACGCUCUGAACGAGUGCUAUGACACAUAUCACACUCUGAUUGCGACCAAAGGACAAUGCAUAGGCCUUUCUGGGGAGAACGUGCCCAAGAUCGUCGUCAGUGGGGAUAGCGCAGGCGGCAACCUCGCUGUUGGCCUGAUCCUUAUGAUCCUACAAUCAGGAAGCACCGCAACUCGUCGCUGGCAAGGUGAAACGUCGCUUCCCGUCCCCGAGGGUGCCGUACUCAUAUAUCCGGCUCUUGAUAUGAACAUUGGCAACUGGAUGACAGACGAACAAAUGUCCCUGAUCAAGGAUCGCAAGAUGCGAAAGACCAAUAGAGGCGUGCUAAGCCGGAAGAGUGACGACUACAGGAAGUUGACACCAAACACUCCUCAUGGAUCCGAGGAUGAAGACGACGAUGUCAGUCCGCCGAAGACGGAGCGUACAAACACCGCCGUGCAACAACUGACCGACAAACCAAUUGUUGCUUCGCCUACUGAGCCUCACACUAGUGCUGCUCACACCGUCGAUACCGCUCCUGCUACAUCUGCACCUCAGAUGCUGCGUACACGUCUAGCCAUGUCUUCCAUGAUCUCAUACUUCAACGACCGUGUCUUGACCCCCGAGAUGAUGCGUGCCAUGAUCAUUUUAUACAUUGGUCCACAUUCUCGACCAGACUUCUCGACAGAUUAUCUGCUAUCGCCACUUCUCGCACCUGAAGCACUUCUCACCCGCUUCCCUAAAACGUACAUGAUGACCGGCGAGCGUGAUCCACUCGUUGAUGACACCGUCAUUUUCGCUGGCCGUCUGAAGCAAGCAAAGUUGGCGCAUUGGAACAGCCGCAAAGAGCUCGGGUUGAUUCGUGAGCGUGACGUGUUUGUCGACACCGACCACGUCAAUGUGGUCCUGAUCCCCGGUAUCUCUCACGGCUUCUUGCAGUUCGCCGGCAUAUUUCCAGCAGGCUGGAAGUACAUCUCCCGAUGCUCACGAUGGAUGGCAGAUCUCUUCCGUGAAGCCGAUUUGCGUGCUGAGCUGGAUGAUGAAGAGACCGACUACUUUGGCAACGAAGCUGGAAUGGGCAUGAAGAAGAGCAAUGGCAUCAGACAUCACCGCCGCAUGCCUACUGAGUCAUCGGGUGAUGAAGAUAGGCCGCUCGAGAUGAGCACACUUACUGGUGGUGCUCGAACCAGUCCGAAGAAAAAGGGUAGCCAAAGAGGUGGCGUCAGAGCUGUCAGGGGAGCCCGAAACGAGCGAGACCGGAACCAAAGGACGAAAAGUCUGGUCAGUUUGGCUAGCGAAGAUGAUCUCCUAGGCAGGAGAAUGAAGGGCUUGACUGGUCACCUGAUGGGUGAUGGCGGUAUGCCACAGACUCCGUAA